AUGCCCGCUGCCAACCACAGCAGCCUGGUUCCCCAGUGGUUCUUCCUCAUCGGCAUCCCGGGCCUGGAGGAGUUCCACCUCUGGUUCGCUAUCCCCUUGUGCCUCAUGUACGCUGUGGCAUUGCUGGGCAACCUGGUGCUAACGGUGGCCAUCGCCCUGGAGCCCGCCCUCCACCAGCCGAUGUACGUCUUCCUCGCCAUGCUCGCGACCACCGACGUGGUGUUGUCCUGCACCACGGUCCCCAAGGCCCUCGGCAUCUUCUGGUUCCACUCCCGGGCCAUUUCCUUCGGGGCCUGCCUUGCCCAGGUGUUUUUCAUCCACUUCGUCUCCGCCAUGGAGUCUGCCAUUCUGCUGGCUAUGGCCUUUGACCGCUACGUGGCCAUCUGCCACCCCCUGAGGCACGCGGCCAUCUUGACGCACGCGGUGAUCCGGAGGGUAGGGCUGGCGUCUUUCCUGCGGGCUUUCUCGGCCGUGGUGACCCUGGUUUUCCUCCUGCGCAGGCUGCCCUACUGCGGACGCCAGGUCAUCCCGCACACCUAUUGCGAGCACAUGGGGGUGGCGCGCCUGGCCUGCGCCGACAUCACUGUCAAUGUGGUGUAUGGCUUGACCGCUGCUAUGUCCACUCUGGGGAUCGACUCCAUGCUCAUCUGUGCGUCCUACGUGCUGAUCGUCCGUGCCAUCUUCCGGCUCCCGACCAAAGAAGCCCGCCACAAGGCCCUGGACACCUGUGGGUCUCACAUCUGUGUCAUACUGAUGUUCUACACCCCUGCUUUCUUCUCCUUCAUUACCCACCGGUUUGGUCACCAGAUCCCCCGCCACGUCCACAUCCUGCUGGCCAACCUCUACGUGAUCGUCCCCCCCAUGCUGAACCCCAUCAUCUACGGGGUGAAAACGAAGCUGAUUCGGGAAGGGAUCACACGCCUGUUCUUGGGGAAGCGCUUCUGA